GUGCAGUGGUGCGAUCUUGGCUCACUACAAGCUCCGCCUCCUGGGUUCGAGAGAUUCUCCUGCCUCUGCCUCCUGAGUAGCUGGGACUACCGAUCUCCUGACCUCGUGAUCCGCCCACCUCGGCCUCCCAAAGUGCUGGGAGCCGCGCCCCUCCCCCAGCCUUCCCCAAGCCUCUGGGAGGUUCCAGGAGGAAUUUCAGAGCAACUCUUCCGUUUGCCAGCAGAAGGCGAUGGAGACCAGCCUCGGCUGGACUACUUCCUCCCCAGAGGCCCUACACCGCCUCCCCAUCCAGACCCAAGGUUCCCUAGUGGUCCGGACGGUUUCCUUGGCAUCGCUGGCACCAGGGAAAGCCGGGCGGGGGUGGCCGGAAGGGAGCAAGACGGAGAGAGAGCUGCGCCAGCUCCCCGGGGACCGCCUGCCUGCAGGCGCGAGGCGGCGCUUGCAUCAGCGCCUGCCAGGGCAGGGGCAGGGAGCGCGGCCACCGGCGACGUCAGUCGCUUUCCCAGAAGAAUUCCACUUCCUGCGGCCGGGGCCCCGGCUGUCUUCAUCACAGCUCCUCCUAUGUCACAUUGCCUCGGGUCCCACCAGCACUGCCCUGAGCUGGAAAAUCCCUCUGAGCCCGAGCAGCCCGUGACCAUAGAGGCAGGAAACUAUGACACUCGAGGCACACAGGGUGACAAGCAGGGCCACUCCUGUUUCCCGGCUCAGAGCCUGUCCAGGCCUGCAGAUUCCCCACUGAGCAACAGAAACAACCCCUCGCUGAUGGGACAGCCAGCCCUAGAGGAGGGAGCAGCUGUCCAAACCCCCAAACACCUCCCUACCAGCUACCUGCGAGGCUUCUGGGCCUUCCCCCUUCCUCCACCCACCCUUCUGUCACACGUCAGCUGA